AUUAAAAGGCUGAGUUGUAUUUUGGGAGUUUGUGGAGUGAGCGUCCCACGGCCAUAAUCUGUGUUAAGUUUCGUCACAUUUCUGGGGUUCACCUGAAAAUAUAUGAAGAUAUAGUGAAGUUUAUAUUAAUUAUUAAUUGAUUGGUAAGUUGUGUGUGAAGGAAGGGCAUGGCGACGGCGGUUGUGAUUGGGAGCGGGGGGUCAUCUUCAUCUUCAUCUUCAUCUUCUUCCAAGUCUAGGAGAUCAUCAAAGCAAAUUUGGUACUCUCAGCCUCUGACUCCGUUGAUGGAAGGGCCGGAUCCCCAGUUCCAAGACCAAGAAUCCAACAAGAAAGACUCCUCCGCUUCCAACUGGGAAUUCCUCCGCGACUGGUUCAAGAUCCAGCGCAACCUUACUCCCUCUACCUCUAUUCCCCCAUCCUCCUUCACCAACCUUCCCAAUUCCAAGACCCAAGAUUUGAAGCUUUUGCUCGGCGUCCUCGCAUGCCCUCUCGCUCCCAUUCCCCUCCAUUCCCAUUCCCCUCCACAAUCCCACUUCCCACGUGAUACUCCUCUUGAAACUUCUGUGGCUCAUUACAUUAUACAGCAAUACUUGGCUGCCACCGGAUGUCUGAAACAGCAAAAGUGCGCCAAGAACAUGUACGCCACCGGAAGCGUCAAGAUGAUUCGGUGCGAAACAGAGGUUUCUUCAGGUAAAUCUGUUAAGACGGUAGGGACAAGAUGUGAGGACUCCGGCUGCUUUGUUCUUUGGCAAAUGCUACCUGGCAUGUGGUCCCUCGAAUUGGUCGUCGGAGGCAGUAAGGUGGUGGCCGGCAGCGACGGCAAUACCGUCUGGCGUCACACUCCCUGGCUCGGCACCCAUGCCGCCAAAGGCCCCCAACGACCCCUCCGUCGCAUCAUUCAGGGGCUAGACCCAAAGAGCACAGCGAGGCUGUUCGAGAAAGCCCAAUGCCUGGGAGAAAAGCGGAUCGGAGAUGACGAGUGCUUCGUGCUGAAAGUGUCGGCAGAGCGAGAGGCAGUGAUGGAGAGGAACGAAGGGCCUGCGGAAGUGAUAAGGCACGUGCUGUAUGGCUACUUCUGCCAGAAAAGCGGAGUGCUGGUGUACCUGGAGGACUCGCACCUAACCAGGGUCCAGACCGAAGGGGACGCCGUGUACUGGGAAACCACCAUCGGAAGCUGCAUCGAGGACUACAAAGACGUGGACGGGGUCCUCAUCGCUCACCGUGGCAGGUCCAUAGCCACCGUAUUCAAGUUUGGGGAAAUGUCCACCCAAUUUAGCAGGACUCGCAUGGAAGAGGUUUGGAGCAUUGACGAUGUCAUGUUCAACGUGGCUGGCCUAAGCAUCGACUACUUUAUUCCACCUGCUGAUAUUUUUGAUACCCUUCAUUCUCACUCUCACCCUCACUCCCACUCUCAUUCUCCAUGACUCUUAUUCUUCACUCCUACUACUACAUCUACAUACUUCAUAUCCCCUCCCCUAAUUUCUUGGAUAACCCAUGCUAAUCACUCCACUGUAUACACCAUCCAUAACAACUUCAACUUGUCUGCUCUUCAUCAUAUCCCUCCCUACUCUUAAUUUACGUAAAUUGUUUACAUGGGAAAAA